AUGAUUCGUCCCAUCCUCAUCAUUUCCCUCUUCACUGUUCCCAUCAUCGCCCUCUCUUGCUACGGCUAUAAUGAUUAUCAAGAAAUCGUCGAGACCCUCCACCAUCGCACGGCCUGCACGGCCGUUUAUGAGGUCUCCGAUGGCACCGGAGCUUUCGGAGGUAUUCAAAGACAUCCGUCUCGCAUCCGAAAUAUUGCUAAUUCAACGACGAGCGACGAUUGCAUUCGCCAGACAGUCAACGACAAUCUCGGCCUGCCUUCGUCAGAGAUGUAUUUCUGUUAUUGCUACACAGAAAUGUGUAACUACCCAUUUACUUGGGAAGAGUUCCAGCGUCGCGGCUUUACAUUGAAGCCACAGUAUGCCAGUGGAUCGAAGGAAUAA